GGAUCGAACAGUAUCCACAACAACAAAAUGACGGUACUUGGACUGACCAUCCCGUUGAUGUUGCUAGCCGUUCCAAGUGCUCACAGUGACGGCAGAGUGUGCAUGAAAACAGGUGCUUGCACGUGCGAGGCGUUAGAUGGGAAAAUAGACCUCGGUGCACUGGAUAGUCAAAUCGAUAAACCUCGGUUCUUCAACAUGUCGGCGACUGACGACCCCUUCUACUACUCCUGGAAUCCAUGUUCGGACUUCUCUCUUCCCAACACCAGCUUCGUCUGUGCCAGCGUCGCGAUUUGCCAGGGGUACUUCAGCGGUGCGACAGGCCCUAUAUACUUCAGUCUUGGGUCACAGGCUGAGGUCCAGUUUGAGUACGAUGACACGGAUACUCUCAGCAUGCAGUAUGUUCACCGAUACUUGAACGUAACCAGACUGACGGUGAUCCGGCUGGUGUGUGACGCGACCACGGAGGGAGAGCUGACGGUACAAGGACAACACAAGUCAACGCUGCCGCUUUACAACUUCGAACUGAUGAGCAAGUACGCAUGCGUGGUUCCCUUCCCAACAACAUCACCACCACUUACCGUUUCCAAGGAGACACGUGGUCCUCCCACAACAACGCCAUCUCCCCAAAUCCGGGAUCUCAACGCCAUCGUCGUGCUUCUGACCCGCGUAUUUGUGGGCGUUUGUGUUGUGGCGUUCCUUCAGUUGGCGCUCAUCUUUAUCCUUCUGUGCAAGCUCCCCAACACAGCAAGCUUCCAGCAGGACGCACCUGCUAGCACCCAUCACAAGGCGAAGUAUUGACACGGACAAUCAUAGUGUUGAUUGGUUAACAUGUAACAUAUAGAAUGUCGAGAAACUAAUUUCAAAAUCGUGAUAUCAAUCAUAAAGUUUAAUAUAAAUCUUAAGGGAAGAGUGUAAAAAGAAUAAUACUUAUCUUAAGCCGGAUGGUGCAGGAAUCUAAUAUGAACACAAUUAACAAAAGGCUAAAUAGGUGUCCAGUCAAACGGCAUUGUUUGCAUUAAGGACAAGCUCCUCAGUAGGACACAUUAAAACAAUCAAUUGAUUUCAUGACAUUUGAUAACCUAAGCAAAACUUGUUUGCAUUGUAUUUACGACACGCCCACAAGCAGUCUGUUUCAAGUCAAGUAUGGGCGGGAUUGAGCCUCCCUACGGCAGUGCCCUGGGGUCAGCGAUUCCCCUUGUCUACAGUGCUUUGUGUUCCUGAUUAAACUGGCAGUCUGGGAAGUCACCGA